AUGGAGACAUAUCAUGGUCACGUCCGCACCCCUGCGGAUGCGAUUAUCCUCUUUGAAGCAUGCCGUAUUGGACUAUUGCCCAGAGUUCAGCGAAGAUUAUCAGAAAAGGAGAGACAGUCGAUAAAGUCGGGCUCCGUGUUCGUCUGGGAUGAGCGAGAAGCCGGCAUGAGAAGAUGGACGGACGGCAAAUCAUGGAGCGCCAGCAGGGUAUCAGGCAGUUUCUUGACAUAUCGAGAGAUGGAAGGCAAACGGGGAGGCAGCCAUGCUGCCCAGGCGUCCUCGAGAGCCGGAAAGACGCCCGAUAGCAACAGGGGAAGCGACGAGGACGGAGGCGAAGGAGGCGAAGAAGGACCUGAUGGCUACCGAUAUAAACCCGACGGCCUGAUGAAACAGUCGUUCAGUAUCACAACUUCCGCUGGCCAGCAUCUUCACUUGAUCAGCUAUUAUGCCAGGUCUCACCCGACCGUCCCUGGUCUUAACCAGCCUUCAACGGAUCCAUCAUUACGACAUAUCCAGCCCCAGAAGGGUUUGUACCCAGAGUCCAGCGUCAACGACCAACAGAACCUUCCAGUCGUGACCCGCGGCCCUAUGGCAGGAACCGCCUUCUCAGUACCGCCGCCCUUACCGCACUAUGGCCGUCCAGCGGCUGCUCAUCCCCAUGGCUACUCUCCGGCACCGUAUAAUUGGCCGUCAACCCCGAUGAACGGACCGCCAACGCAUGCGCAGCCCCCAUACACCGGUAGCUAUCUACCGCCACUGUCAGGAGCCAGUGGACACGCGCAGUACCAGUACGCUCAACAUCCUCACUUACCACCUUCCCAGCCAGCUUAUCCCCAUCAAUACGACCGUCCUCAUCCUGCCGAGGCUCCGACUCCCCCAGCCUCUCAUGGAAGUAGUGGCCAUAACGUUAGCCCACGCGGCUACCCUUAUUAUACUGCAACUAGAUCACCCGGGCAUCCGCCAGCCGGCCAUAUGGGGCCAGGAGAAAAUAUAUAUCAACCCGGCGGUAAAAUGGACCCACGUCUCAGCGUGUCUUCGUCCGACUCUCGCUCUCCCAGACAAGCCAUGAGCUCGCUACAACAUACACCUGUCAAAUCACCAGGCCUAUCACAUAUCGGUCGCUCACCUCAAUCCUCUAGCAUGCAGAACGGCCAUGCUCAUGAUGGGCCAUCAGGCUCCUCUGCAACCUCGGUUCCAAGUAUCAACGCCCUAAUGAACGGCCCACCACUGAACGAUAGCCCGAAUAUGCAGGGCUAUCGUCAAGGAGGAGCUCCAGCACCAGGCGUCGGCGGAGAAGGACCAAAAGAUAUUCCAAGCGAAAAGAUAGGAUUUGGUGAAGACAUGAGAGCCCUUAGACAGCUUGAUAGGGUGUUUACUGCCUAA